UACCUUGGCGAACUUGGCGAUCGUGGUGACCGUGGAUAUCGCAGUGAACGUAAGGAACGUCGUCGUCGCAACAACGAUGAUGAGGAUGACCUAAAUAACAACAAGGGCGAUGAAGACGGCGAAGAUGGCGAGAAGAAGCGCGAGUUCUACAUCCCUCCGGAGCCAUCCACCGAUGAAGCUGAGAUUUUCGGCACCACCAUCUCUUCGGGAAUCAACUUUUCGAAAUAUGAUCAUAUUCCGGUGAAGGUAAGCGGAAUUGACCCACCAGCUGCCUUUCAAAAGUUUGAGGAUGCAAAGUUGCGGGACAUAAUUGCGGCAAAUGUGACAAAAUCUGGCUAUAAGUUGGCCACGCCCAUUCAAAAGGUUGCCAUACCGGUGAUUACUGCUGGCCGUGACCUAAUGGCCUGUGCCCAGACUGGUUCUGGCAAGACCGCCUCCUUCCUCUUGCCAAUACUUACCAAACUAUUGGACGAUGCCACAGAUCUGGAGAUUGGUAAGCCACAGGCUGUGAUCGUGUCGCCCACUAGAGAGUUGGCCAUUCAAAUCUAUCACGAGGCCAGGAAGUUUAGCUACGAGUCGUAUUUGAAGAUUAGCAUUUUGUAUGGCGGCACCUCGGUCAAGUACCAGAACGAGUCGAUUAUGAUGGGAUGCCAUGUGCUGAUUGGCACCCCAGGGCGUCUGCUCGAUUUUGUGGAACGUGCGUUCAUCACUUUCGACGAUACGCGCUUCCUUGUCAUGGACGAAGCUGAUCGUAUGCUGGACAUGGGCUUCUCGGAAAGUAUGCGCAAGAUCGUCAAUCACUGUACGAUGCGCGCCGAGCAUCAGACCUUGAUGUUUUCGGCCACCUUCCCGGAGGAGAUACAGCGAAUGGCUGGCGAAUUUCUCAAUAACUACGUAUUUGUGACUAUUGGCGUUGUAGGCGGCGCUUGUUCCGAUGUCAAGCAGACGAUCUAUGAGGCCACAAAAUUCAAUAAGCGCUCAAAGUUAAUGGAAAUGUUGAAAGAGAGUGCCGAUGGCACUAUUGUCUUUGUUGAGACCAAACGUGGCGCCGAUUUUCUAGCCUCGUAUUUGUCGGAAACCGAGAUUCCCACAACUUCGAUACAUGGAGACCGACUCCAAAGUCAGCGGGAGCAGGCUCUACGUGACUUUAAGAGUGGCAGGAUGAAGAUUCUCAUUGCCACAUCGGUUGCGUCUCGCGGUCUAGAUAUUAAGAACGUGAAGCAUGUCGUGAAUUACGACAUGCCCAGGGUCAUUGAUGACUAUGUUCAUCGUAUUGGACGCACAGGCCGGGUUGGUAAUAAUGGUCGCGCCACGUCCUUCUUCGACGUAGAGCAUGACUCGGCCAUUGCCACCGAUUUAGUUAAAAUUCUGGAGGGUUCUGAGCAGCAAGUGCCCGAUUUUCUGCGCGCCCUGGACAGAGGCUAUGGCGGUGGUGGUGCCUCUCAGUUUGGGGGCUACGAUGUUCGUGGCAGUGGCAAUGCCCUCAAGGACGUUUGUGCCGUCGAAGAAGACCAGGAUUGGGCCUAAGUAGAUAUUUAAAUUCCAUUUAAUAGAACUAUAAAAAUAUAAUCAAACAUAUUAUUAUAUAAUAUUUGUCUAUAUAUAAAAUAAAUAUAAACCGAAACAGC